UAGACACCACCCCAUGAAAGAGCUCGUGUUGUUGAGUAUUGCCCUAUGCUGCCUUCCCCGGUCCCACCUUGCAUUUCGUACGACCGGAGGACUUCAUGCCGUUUUUGGCGAAGUUGGGGCAGUGAGCGCCAGCCCAAAGACAUCAUUGUCAUGUGGCCGCUCACUGAAGCGACCGCGGACAGAUAUGAUGGCUUCGGAUUCCUUGGUGGCUGUGGAACAGCCUGUUGUCGAUGAGGUGGACGGGCAGGCGACGUGGGCGAAGGACUUCGAGCUUGAUUUUCACGGCAAGGUCAUGCUGAAGGGCCUUCUCUUCUCCGAGACCCAGCAGCUCAUGGAGCGCCUUGGAGAGAAGGCGGGCAGGGCGGAAGUCCUCGCCGGAUGGCUUUACCACGACAGACGCCUAAUCCGAGACAUUGCCGAGACCGCGGGUGGCGCCGGCAGCGCGGAGCCCGGGGGCGACGCCACGAACAGCAACACCAACAGAAGCGGCAGUUUAGUGAGCUCCAAGAGCCGAAUCGGGAAGAAGACAAGGGACGCCGUCCGAGAGGUCGCGACAGCUGAUGGGGGCCUUGAGCUAGAGGACGUGCAGCUGGCGGCAGACGGUACGCGCAAGCUGGUGUCGGUGCUCACGUCGGGGGAAGGGGCGGGGAAGAAGGUUGAGACGGUCAUCAUCCCCAUGCUCAGAGGGCCUCAGAGGGAGCCGCGCUAUACGGUGUGCGUGUCUUCCCAGGUCGGCUGCGCCAUGAACUGCCAGUUCUGCUUCACGGGGAGGCUCGGGCUCAUGGCCAACCUGCAGGCGGCACAGAUCGUGGAGCAAGUCCUGGUGGCCAAGCGCUACCUCGAGACCGUAGGAGACCCUAGCCCGGUCACCGGGGUGGUCUUUAUGGGCAUGGGCGAGCCUUUCGAUAACUAUGACAGAGUGAUGCGCGCGGUCAAAAUCCUGACUGAUCCUCGAGCCGGCGUGCGACUCAAGGCCAGCAGCGUCACGGUCUCCACGGUGGGGCUGGUCCCUCAGAUCGAGAGGUUCUGCAAGGACCCCGCCAACGGGGCGAGCCUCGCGAUUUCGCUCCACUCGGUCGUCGAUGAAGUCAGGGAUAAGCUCAUCCCAGUGAACCGGCGCUACCCGCUGGAACAACUUUCCGAGACGCUCAGGACGCACUUCCCCCGGAGUUCGAAGCCUGCGGCGGAUGAGCCCACGGGAGUGGCUCUCGACCACGCUUCGUCCGCGGCGGCUCCAGCACUAGGCCCGAAGGAUGUCGCAACAGGUUCCGCUGAGAGAAAAUCAAUGGCAGGGCCUGGGAGGAAGUUGGAGCAGGAGACGAACCUGCUGGCACGAAGAGAUGGCGCAGAGCGACGGCCCCCGUCGAUCCCGACGGAGCCACAGCAGCGGCCACGAUCACUGGCAGACGGCGGCGGGAGCAAGCGCGAGGGUCCUCAACGGAAGGGAAGGAGGAGAAGGCCACGGAUCUUGGCCGUGGAGUACACCCUCCUCGGCGGCGUUAACGACUCCCUCGGGGACGCCGGGCGGCUGGCCGAGUGGCUGGAAGGGGUGGCCUGCGUGGUGAACCUGAUAACCUUCAACGCCCACGCGGGGACGCCGUUCUCGCCUUCGUCCCCGGAGGCGGCGGAGGCGUUUCGGCGGGCGCUGGCGGCCCGGGGACAGCUGUGCACGUUCCGGGACAGCCGCGGGGAUGACGGGAUGGCGGCCUGCGGGCAGCUAGGCGGCGAGUCCAUGGCGGGGGGCGGGGAUCGCGCGAGAAAGCCUGUCCCCGUCACGUGGAAGUCAACCGACACGCCCUCGACAGCGUAGCGCCUAAGCUUUGGAAUAUAGAUUGCCGCGUGCCCACGGCUGCUUCCCGAGUUGUUGGGGUUUUUUUCAUCCAGUGUGGGACCAGCAGCAACAACAGUGUGCCCACAGCAGCGUGAGUGUCAACCGACACGCCCUCGACAGCGUAGUGCCCAAGCUUUGGAACAUCGGUGUUCGAGAAUGGGAUCAGCCCGGCCGGGUAGAACCGUCAGCUGAAAGCACCGUAUAGGUUUUUGCGGCCACAAGCAACGGUGAGGGUAGGGGUUGUACCCUGCUCUGCUGACUUUCUUUCCAGUGACUGUACUCACAAACAGUACCCGGAAGGCCUGCUGCUUGGUGGUCGCGAAAACGAGCGGACUUUUCCAAAGGAGUCUCUGUCGUGGUAAAUCUGUAUGCGAACGUUGAAAAACUUGCUGCUGGGGUUAGUUGUGGUGUCGUUUCCAGGAAGUGAGAGGGUGCCAAACGUGUGGGUGGUUUUCUGCAGCGGGAAACUGUUCAUGAUGCGGCAGGGUCCCCAACACCUUGGAGCACUCUUUGACUUGCUGGUGCAUGCGGCGCCAGGACCAGGGUCAAGAGUCGAUGCGCAGAAAGUCGAAACCGAAGAACAACUUUGUAAUGCAGCUUU